UAACACAGUUUGAUCAGUCUUAUCAUUUUGAUCAGUCUUAUAGUGGUCAGACUCGCUUUGGGCUUUAAAGCAAGAUGCUACGAUUUAUCGUCCUCGUCUCCCUGCUGGUAUCCUCAGCGUGCGCUCUUCAGUGGGAAAUCUACAGAGAAGACUCGACUGGAAAUGAAGAAAGUUCUGGUGAAGUCAUGGUUAAAAUGAACCAAGGGCUUCCUGGAGUAUGCUGGGCUUGUAAGUGGGCUAUGAGGAGGGUGAAGAAUAAGAUCUCCAAUGGCGUAACCCAGGAUGACAUUAAAAGGCAGCUAGCAAGCGUCUGUGAUCAGAUUGGGUUCCUAAAAUCUGUGUGUAGGGGCUUGGUGAGCAAGUACACGGGCGUUCUGAUCGAAGAAAUUUCAACGUCAGACAACCCAGCAACCAUCUGUAAAAACAUUGGCGUUUGCAAGAAGAGAGCUUUCUAAUGUUUUAAACUCUCAGAGGUGGUUUCCCAGACAUGGAUUAGACUAAUCCUAGAUUAUAAUACAUGUAAGAGCUUUCCAAACACUGGAAUAUCUUAAAAUACAUCAGUGCCCUAAUUUCAAAUUUAAUUUCCUAAUUAAAACGAGGCCUAGUCCUGGUUUAAGAUAAUCCCUGUCCGGAAAUCCAUCCCUCAGUGUUGAAAAUAUGGAUUCCCCAAUAAAGUGU